UAACAAUUAACAAACCGAAAGCGAAAGUUGCUUAUCACACUGAACCCAAGUUUUCAUGAUGGGACCUUGGUUUUCAAAGCAAGACAACAAUGAGGAAAUCACAAAACAGAUCAACGAUCUCGAUUCUCUGAUAUCUUUAAUUGCAGAAAAACAGGAGUCAAUGCAUACAGAAAUAGAUUCACAAAGUGAUGCAAUUAAGAAACUUGUUGAUGGAAAGGAGAGGGUUAAACACUUACUGAACACAUCACAUUCUUCUCGUGGGGACCACACUGAUUACUUUCACAAAGCAAGUGUUCUUCAGCGUCAACUUGAUGAUUUGAACAGAGAUUAUAAGGAAUUAAUGAGGGAAAAGAAACAUGUUGAUUUUGAAAGGAGAAGGUUCCAAAGUGAGAAUGAAAAACUGGAAAAAGAAGUUAAGCGAUUGAAAGAAACAGAUAAUGAAAGAAUGAAACUUCAAAAACAAAACGGAGCACUGGAGAGGGAAUUACAGAGAUUGAAAUGUCACUUAGAGGAAGUAAUGCGUAAAAAACCUGUUCAAGUUUACAUAUAUGCGCCAUCAAUGAAUGAGAAAAUUUCUACUGCCGUGAGGUCAGAGCUACAAGUUAUCUUGAUGGGGCAUCUGGAGGCUACCAGGGGGAGACAACUAGAGAUUGUGUACACCUCUGAUGCCAGGUCCGUGUCGUCAAGCAAACCCCUCAUUGUCCUGUGUAUCAACGCCUCCAGACUCGGGACUGAUGUGGAACAGGCUCUUCAGCAAGUCAACA